GGCGCCACCAUGGAAGAUCCCGCCUGCUGCAGCCCGCUGCGGAUCUACCUGGAGCGCAGGGACUUGGAGCGCCUGCUCGAGAAGAACCGCCGAGACUACCAGAGGCUCAAGUCGCAGGACGUCAAGACCAUCCUACUAGGUUGUGGAUCCUCGGGAAAAUCGACAUUUAUGAAGCAGGUCAGGAUCAUUGAAGAAGGUGGUUUUCAAGAGGCUGAACGAAUGACAUACAAACCAAUAAUUUGCCAAAACAUUAUCUCAGAAGCUCAGAAACUGAUAAUGGCAAUGGAGCUGUAUGGAUUUCCUUAUGAAUUAGAGACAACAGAGGAAUGUGCAAGAAGAAUCAUGGACAUUAAUGUAGGAAAUGUGACUGAAAUGGAUGAUGAACUUUUGGCAGCUAUCAGAGAGGUCUGGAAUGACGCGAAUGUACAAAUUUGCUACGAUCGUCGAGAUGAGCUAUACCUCCUGGAUUCCACAAAAUACUACAUGGAGAGGCUCGACAUCAUAGGGGCUGCUGGAUACAUCCCUACAGUGCAGGACGUUGUAAGGUCCCGGAGCCCCACAACCAGCAUCGUCGAGUACAAGGUGCCUGUCGAGAACUACGAUAGGAAGCUCUGCAUUGUCGACGUGGGAGGACAGAGAACAGAACGACCCAAGUGGCUUCACUGUUUCGAAAACUGUGUCGCAUUUAUAUUUAUAUCGGCAAUAAGCGAAUACAACCAACUGGAUGAACGUGGACAGAAUCGUCUCAGUGUGAGCCUGGCGCUAUUCAGUGUGCUGCUCACCUGCUCGGCAUUCAGAUACGCUUCUGUCAUUGUCUUUCUGAACAAAAUAGACAUUUUUGAUGACAAGAUAAUGAAAUAUGAUCUGUGCAAUUACUUCCCAGAGUACGCUGGACCCAAACAGGAUGCAGAAGCAGCAAAGAACUUUAUUGCAGAUAAGUUCCAGGAGUGCUGUGAAAAGGAAAGGAACGAUGACAACAAGGGUGUUUACAUACGCUACACUUGUGCGACAGAUACAAAAAAUAUUGAGGCAGUAUUCUCGACUGUCCGAGAUUUCAUCAUAAAGAAGAUGUUGGAACAGUGCCACGUCUUCUAACAAUAUUGACAAUUGCGAUGUAGUGUUCUGUUGGCUUCCUGGCAAGAGCUGUAAAUAGCAACAAUUUGUUCUCAAAACGUUUCUGAAAUUAUAAAUCCAUAUUAUAUGGUAUUUUUAUUAAUUAGGAAAAUCUAGGAGCAAAUUUAUUGUGUGUCCACGUAAGAACUGUAAAUAUUAAGGGAGAUAA